AUGACAAUCGUUACCCCGCAGUCAAGAAAGCCGCAGGUGGACAAACUGAUUUCCGAUCAGUUCCUGGCCGCUGAACUUGACGAGGUCGAAAAACUGCUCAAAGAGGGUGAAAAGAUCAAAGAGCAAGGCAAGAAACUCGACCUAUCCGAUCUGUUUGCCGAUCCAGUACUGGUGUUCCAACGGAAGUUCGGCUACAGGCCUUACGACAGUCGUAUCACUCCAGUGGAAUCUGUGUGGACGUCCGUGGCGGCAGUCGGUGAAGGCGGUCACAACUUCCACCAUACUUUCCCACAGGCAAGUGACAGUGACGUUUUCUCGAACAGUGUAAAGCCCUAUUGA